AUGGACAUAGAAAAUGCGCAGAUACAUUUAAGUGAACUACAAGAAGAAAGACGAAAACAUAAAAUAGCAUUACCAAGUAUUCUAAAAAAUAAAAUAAUAAUAAAAGAAAAUGAUAUAAUUUUAAAUAAUAAUGAAAAGGAACUAGAAAAAUAUUUUCCUAAUAUAAUUAAAAACCCUUUAAUAACAUUGAAAAUUGAUAAUACAAGUUUGGAAAAUCAUAAUGAACUAAGUUGGUAUCAAACAAUGUCAACAAAUAUAUCGGAUCCUAUUUCUAAAGGCAAUAGUACAUCAAACUCAUUUAUUAAAGAAAUGAUAAAUAUAUAUAAUGAUGAUGAUAUAAUAAAACUAGGAAUUUUAUUUGUUGGUUUACAAGCCCCAGGGGGGCAUAAUAUUAUAUGUGGUACUUUAGAUUGUUUAAAAAAAAAAAAUAAAAAAAAUAUAUUAUAUGGUUUUAUAAAUGGAUUUGAAGGAAUUAAUGAAUAUAAUUUUAUGGAAUUAAAAAAUGAAUAUAUAAGUAUGUUUAGAAAUAGUGGUGGUUUUGAUAUGAUAAAUAAAGGUGUCAAUAAUAUGGAAGAAAAUCAUGUAAAUAUAAAAAAAUGUUUUAAAAUAUGUAGACAUUUAGAUUUAAACGGUUUAAUAAUAGUUGGGGGUAUAAAUACUAGUAAAGAAAUAGCUAUAUUAUCUGAAUAUUUUGAGUUUAUCCAUAAUUCAGCAAAACAAAAUAAUACCAAUUUAGACACCUUUACAAAGAAUGAAGUAGAUAUAUCAUCUGUAACAGACCCAUAUAAUAUUACAAAUGACAAUACAAAUAAUAAAUUAUCUUCAUCUAUAUUUAUAGAAAAUCAAAAGAAUGAAUAUACAGAUUAUCAAGAUAGUACAUAUAGUAUUGUAAGUGAUAUAAGUGAUGAAGAGGUUAAAAAAAAAUAUCCUAAAAAAAUUAGACGGAUUAAAAAAAAAACACAAAUAAUUAGUGUACCAACAAAUAUACAUAAUGAAAUAGAAAGUGAACUAGUUGAAUGUUCCUUAGGUUUUGAUACAACAAUUUUUACUACUUGUCAAUAUAUAAGUUAUUUAAUGUCAUAUAUACAAACAUAUAAAAAAGGAUAUCAUUUUGUUAAAGUUGUUGGUAAUAAAUCAAGUCAUAUAGCUUUAGAAUGUUUUCUUCAAACAAAAGCUAAUAUUGUUUUAAUAUCAGAAGAAAUUAAAAAAAAAAAAAUGACAUUAAAUGAUUUGGUAAAUUUUAUUGCUGAUUCUAUCAAAAUAAGAUAUAACAAUGGAGAAAAAAAAUAUGGUAUUAUAAUAAUUCCUGAAGGUAUUUUGAAAAAUGUUCAAGACAUUAAAAAUUUAGUAAAUUUGUCUUUACAUUUUAAAACAGAUUUCAUUAAAAAUGAAAAUAACAAAGAUUACGAUCCUAAUUUGGAAUAUAUAUAUUCUCCUUCUUCUAAAAUUAUGAAAGAAUUUAAAACUUAUAUUCAUACUAAUAUGGAUAAAGAAAAUUUAAAUCUUUUUCAAUCUUUUCCUUUAUUUUUUCAAAACCAAUUUUUGAUAGAAAUCCUUUCAGACAAUUUUCAAUACACCAACCUGGGGGUUGAAGAGCUAUUGGCCUUUUUAGUUAAAAACAAAAUUGAUAACAACAUUGAUGAGGUAGAAUUUGUAACACAUUGUUAUGGAAAUGAAGUUACAAGUGCAUUACCAACAAAUUUUGACUGUGCUUAUAGUUAUAUACUAGGAUUUGGAUGUGUUGAAAUGAUAAUAAAUAAAUAUAACGGAUAUAUGUGUGUUGUGACAAACUUGAAGCAUAUACUUUCUAAUGUAAACAAGAUUAAAAUUGUAGGAAUACCAGUUUACAAAUUUGUUAAAACUGUAAUGGAUGGAAAAAAAGAAAAGAUAGUUUGUUGUGAAAAUGAUAAAACUUUUAUGGAAAAACAUGUUGGAAUAAAAACAAAAACAAAGAAAGUAAACCUUAAUGAUGAGUAUUUUUUAAAGUAUAAAAAUUUGAGACAAAGAUAUUUGGAAAAUGAUAACUAUAGAAUAUUAAGUGGGAUACAAUAUAAUUAUUACGCAAAAGAUGAACAUGAAAAGUUAUUUUCAUAUUACAAGUCAGGAAAUAAAAUAUCCACUAAUGAUAAUAUGCUAAUCUAUAAAUCUAAAAUGGAAAAUGAAAUAUGUAAUAAAAUAAAUUUUACAAUAACAGGUAUACAUAAUGAUACAGAAAAUUAUGAUAAUAAGGACGAAAUAAAUAUUCAUAAUUUUAAUAAAAACAAUGAACAAACUUUUAAUUGUAAUUAUUAUAAACAUUUGAAUAGUUUAUCUAAAAUUGAAAAUAUAUUAACAAAAGGUAUCAUAAAAUUUAAUACAAAUUUAAUAAGACAUAAUACAAGUAUCGAAAUUAUAGAAAACAAUUUUGGAAAUAAAAUAAAUUGUGAUACUUUUAAUUAUAUUAACAAAAUAGCUGAUUUUUAUAUUAUAGCUGAAAAUCCAAUAAACACAAAAAUUAUAUCAAAAGGGAUGUCGAAAAAUAUGAUAAACAAAUAUCAUAACAAUUAUAAUUACACAAAUCGAAAUGAUAAUAUUUAUCAACCUUUUUGUAAAAGUGUUGGAGUUGUUAUGUUAUCUCAUGUAGUUCCAGGGGUGAAUAAUAUUUUAGCUGGAUUGCAUCAACGAUUAUCUAUUAAUAAUUUAAAAUUAAUUGGAUUUAUUAAAGGAAUAAAAGGAUUACUAAAUAAUGAAAUAUGUAUAAUAAAUGAUAAUAAUAUAAAGAGUUCUAUAAAUUUAGGUGGGUUCCCAUUAUUAGGAAGUCAACUAUCUUACAAUACAACUGACAGUGAAGUUGUAAAUAUUUAUAAUCUGUUUAAUUCAGAUAAUAUAAAUAAAAUUAUAAAGACAUGUGAAAAUAAUAAAAUAAUUAAUUUAGUUUUUAUUGGUGAUGAAAAAGUUAUAUCAACUAUGAAUAUACUUAAUGAAAUAUUUAUAAAAAAAAAUAUUAAUAUAAAAAUAAUAACUGUUCCUAUAUCUAUUUAUAAUAGUUAUGAUAAAAAUUUAAUUGAAUGUAGUAUAGGAUAUCAUACAACAGUUCAUAUUAUUAGUAACAUAGUUAGUAACAUACAACGUUGUUCUAUUAAUUUAAAUAAAUAUUAUUAUAUUAUUAAAAUACCAGCUAAUAUAUCCUCUUCUUUAUUAUUAUCUAUCCAAUUAGAAACUCACUGUAAUAUAUGUUGUAUUGGUGAACCAGUAGUAGCAGGACACCUUAUAAAUUUAUUUACCAUAAUCGAAUAUAUGUCUUUAGUUAUUAUUGAGAGAAUAAAUAGGAAGAAAAAUUAUGGAGUUAUUUUGCUAACUUCAAAUUUAUUAUUUUGUAUUAAAGAAUUUGAUGAUUUAUGUAAAGAUGUUGAUAAUAAUGUGAAAACAGAAAUGGAAAUCGCACAGAUUGUAAACCAGGACUUUGUUUCUGAUCAGCUCGAAAAUUUACUAACCAAAGAAAGUAUAGAAGUACUGAAGAUCUGUACCAAAUCAGUUAAAGAAAAAUUGUUAAUAAAAGAGAAACGAUUAAAUGAAGAUAUAGAUUCGGAUUUUGAAAUAUUACUAAUAAAUGAAAUUAAAAAAUAUAUAAAAAAUUUAAUGGAUAAAAAUAAAAAUAAUAAUUUAUUAUAUUCAUAUAAAAAUCAUAUGAAUAAUUUAACAAAUACAAUAACAGAAAAAAAUAUUAAAAUAUAUAGUGAUAUUAAUUAUUUAUUUUAUUUUAAUACAAUUGUUAAAAAUGUUGAUAAAGAAAUUAAUUGUUCUAUACCUACACAUUUUGAUAAUUCAUUGGCUUUUUCACAUGGCUUGUUAGCUGGAAUAGCUGUAGAAAAUAACUUGGUUAAUUAUGUAACAUCCGUUAGACAGUUAAGUUUGAGCAAACAAAAUUGGAGUAGCUCAUUGUACCCCGGCUUUUACUUUAUAAACAAUCAGAAUGACUUGGAGAAGUUCAAAAAGUAUCACUAUGUUUCCCCUGUCCCCAUAUCAAUGAAGUCAUGCCAAAUGGUGACAAUCAAGUAUAAUGCAAAUAUGUGGGCAUACAACGAUAGCUACAUAUAUGUAGGUCCAGUUCAGUAUGAUACAAACUUGGAUACUCCUGGAUACACAUACAUGUUUUGA